AUGGGUGACCAUCUUCCAUAUGCCGCAGACGCGGAAUCUCCCCUAAAACCCGCCGAACUCCAAGUCCUACGCUCUCAAUACGAAAAAGAAGGCGAAUACGUCUCCCUCCAGACAAAAUUCAACUUUGCCUGGGGCCUCAUAAAGUCCACCCAGCGGCCCGAACAACAAGAAGGCGUGCGUCUGCUCACCGAAAUCUUCCGCUCGUCGCCCGACCGCCGUCGCGAAUGUCUCUACUACCUCGCCCUUGGAAACUACAAGCUGGGCUCGUAUGAAGAGGCUCGUCGUUACAAUGAGCUGCUUAUUGAUCUGGAGCCGAACAAUCUGCAAGCAAAGAGUCUGAGGCAGUUGAUUGAUGACAAGGUUGCCAAGGAGGGCUUGAUGGGUGCUGCUAUUAUUGGUGGGUUGGCUGUGGCUGCCGGUGUCGUUGGCGGCUUGAUCUUCAAGGGUGCGAGGUCUUCGAGGAGAUAA